GGCGGCUGCCCCUGCGGCCACAUCCGCUACCAAAUCAACCUCCCUCCCCUCCUCGUCCAAACCUGCCACUGCACCCUCUGCCAGCGCCAAAUGGGCAGCGCCUUUGCCAUCAACGCCAUCAUCGAAUCCUCCGCCGUCUCUCUCCUCCCCUCUGCUCCGCUCACCGCGCCGCUCAGCAAAGCCGAACAGCAAUCAUCUCCAUCAUCAAGCUCAGUGUGCAGCGUUCUCCCCGCCUUCGCCGACCUCACAAACGCCGCCACCACCGCAACAGUCACUCUUCCCACAGACAACGAUGCUGCCAACAACAACAAGAUAAACAACCCCAUCCUCGUCGCCCUCCCUACUCAGUCCAAAGUCGGCCAAACUGUCGCCCAGUGCCCCCUCUGCCGCGGCAACCUCUGGAGCUACUACGCCGACGCCGGCACGCUGGUCACGUACCUCAUCGCCAGCACUCUCGACCGCCCGUGGGAGCUCGAGCCCGACGUGCACAUUUACACCCGCAGCCGCAGGGAGUUUGUCUCGCUCAACGACGGGAAGCCCCAGUUUGAAGAAAACUAUCCCGACAGAGCAGUGUUUUACAGGCCUGAGACGAAGGAGAGGGUUGAUGCGUUGACGAAACUGCAGGGGAUGUGGAGGAAGCAGAUCAGAGCUGCUUACAAGGCUCAAUUUGCCAAGAUUUGAAAGGCCAGUCAUUGGAUGAUGCAUUUUGUCAUGCGUCUCAUUUCAUAUCAAGUGGCAUACGGGGUAUAGUUUUACGAAAUUCACGCUGCAAUUCAUGCUCCUACGCUGCAAUAUCUUUUUUUGGUGAUUGUUUUAUUAACUUUGAAUUGCGCUGCUUCACCGCGCUCGGCUUCGAAUCAAGGGUAUUUAUCCAUCUCCUCCACUUUUCCUCCAAACCACCUCCUCGAAUAGAGGUCCCACAAGCGAAAUGAACAUGAAAUAGAUCUUGCUCGCAAGAUGAAAGGAACAAACAAUAAGACUUAAGAAAGCCAUGACAUAAAAAAGAAACAAGUACCACGUACCCACGGCACCGGUACCAUAUCUCGCAAUAGAAGGGUAUUAGCCAGUGCCUUUGUCUUCAUCCAAACCGACAUUUCAUAAUUAUCCAUUAAUCUGGCCUCUCGCUAUCCAGUCAACAAGACUUUCCCCUGCAGAAGAGAAUGUGCAUCCGCAAAACAUCGCAUCCAAUCGAAACGCCUGGUUACUCUUGCCAAAAGACCAAUGACUUAAUUAGUCGAACCACCGUAGUUGUUUGAGAAGUUGGGGUACCGAAUGACUAGACGCUAACGAGUGUGUUUUGUUGGUUGUUUAUUUUGCUGUGAAGCCAGUUGGUAUAAUAUAAAGUGUGCCAAAAAUAACUGCUGCUACCUUUCUUCUUUUUCUGAUUCAUAUGCCAUCUCGAAAUUCGACCAUUUGGACCAGUGCCAGAGUAUCAUAUCCAAAAAUAUCAUGCUAAUUAACCCCAAGAAUGUAUAGAACAAAAAUAUGCUGUAUCGGG